AUGACAGAAGGUUAUCCUACCAAGAUAAGCAAUAAAUCAACAGCUCAAGAGUUUUUAGACGGUUUCGAUACUUUUUUGUUCGAUUGUGACGGUGUCUUAUGGUUAGGAAAGCACUUGUUGCCCCAUGUUAAAGAGACAUUGUCUCUGCUAGAGAAAUCAGGUAAGCAGGCCAUCUUUGUCACCAAUAAUUCUACCAAAUCAAGAGCUGCUUACUGUAAGAAAUUUGCCUCGUUCGGUAUUGAAGUGACUCAAGACCAAAUCUUUAGCUCUUCUUAUUCAAGUGCGGUCUACGUGAGAGACUUCCUCAAAUUGAAGCCUGGUGUGGAUAAAGUAUGGAUUUGUGGUGAAGCUGGUAUUGCUGAAGAGCUAGCCUUGAUGGGCUAUGAAUCUAUUGGUGGUACAGAUCCCCGUCUGGAUGAGCAAUUUGAUGCUGAAAAGUCACCAUUCCUUGUCAACGGUUUAGAUCCAGCAGUCCGUUGCGUGGUCGCAGGUUUAGACUCUAAGAUCAAUUACCAUAGGUUGGCUAUCAGUCUUCAGUACCUACAGAAGCCCGAAGUUCAUUUCAUCGGCACUAAUGUCGAUUCCACAUAUCCACAAAAGGGCUACAUUUUCCCCGGUGCUGGUUCAGUGAUUAAUAGUUUGGCAUACGCAUCUGGCAGACAACCCAUCUAUUGUGGUAAGCCAAAUCAAAACAUGUUAAACACUAUUGUAUCCUCCAAGAAUUUACAACUCUCAAAAAGUUGUAUGGUUGGUGAUAGGCUCAAUACAGACAUACGUUUCGGCGUUGAAGGUGGCCUUGGUGGUACUCUACUGGUCUUAACAGGUAUUGAAACUGAAGAUAGAGCACUUGAGGAGAAUUCAGAUCACCCAAGGCCAAAGUACUAUGCUGAGAAAUUGGGGGAUGUCUACGAGUACUUACAAUGA